ACCUGUUUAGCGCACGUUUUUUUUUGCCUAUUUCUGUAACGAAGCCCUAAUAUUACGUCGAUGUAACGCCUUCCGGCGCCGGAUUUCACGACGUCGGCCAGUUCUCUCAGGAUCCUAGCCGGCGAGUGACUUACUUUUCCACCGCCUCUCUUUGCUCAUUGUCGUCUGAAUCGAUCACACAUCCACGCCGCCCUCCUCGCUCCCCUCCUCGCCCCCGCCCAUUUCUCCCCCUUAGAAGCGCUUCAAGCCACUGAUCGCCUCAUCCACUCAUCCGAGCACAUCUUUCUCGUCAGUGCCCCUCCACCUCGAAUACUCUUUGCGUCACGUUUGCUGCAAUUCCUGUACUCCUACCAUCACAUAUUCACAGUUCUGCCUUCCAACUCAGUCAUUAGAUAUAUUGCGCUCGUGUGCAGCAUAAUUCAAUUUAAUUUCCGGGUAAGACUCAAGAAGUGGAGAGCCUUCACUUACUUGGAGGAUUUAUCUGCGUUACUUGGGUCGUGUUGUUUGGAAGAAGAAUCUAAGCCUAACGAAGAACAAAGUGAAGACUAGAGGUUUCCAUGACCUCCACCACUUGUGUCAUCCCCUCUUCGCCCAUCACUCAACAUCUUACCUCCUACCAUGUUGAUUUCCCUUCGGAGUUGAGGUCUUGGAAUUUGAGUAGAAGCUUAGGUUUAUCCUCUAGGAGGAGCUCAAUGCCUUUACCGAAGAUGUCAUUGAGAUCAAACACAAAUCUUGGUGGCGGUGAUGUAGACAAGGAGACUGAAACUUCAGCUAUGGUGCAUGGUUUUAUUGACCAUUCAGAUGAUUUAUCUUCAGAUUUGGAGUUGGAGAAGGAACCGGGCAUUGCAACACUGUUGACUUCUUUUGGGAAUUCUUUUGAUCCAUAUGGAGCUCUGAGCACACCAUUGUACCAAACAUCCACGUUUAAGCAGCCUUCAGCAACUACUUUUGGCCCAUAUGACUAUACUAGAAGUGGUAACCCUACGCGAGAUGUGCUGGAAAGUCUUAUGGCUAAGCUUGAGAAGGCUGACAAGGCAUUUUGCUUCACCAGUGGCAUGGCCGCCCUCACUACAGUCACACAUCUUGUUGAAUCUGGUCAUGAAAUUAUUGCUGGUGAUGAUAUAUAUGGUGGCUCUGACCGGUUACUCUCUCAAGUGGCUCCAAGACAAGGGAUCAUUGUGAAAAGAGUUAACACGUCUAAUAUUGAAGAGGUGGCAUCUGCAAUCAGUCCUCUGACAAAGCUUGUGUGGCUUGAAAGUCCAACAAAUCCUCGUCAACAGAUCACUAACAUACGAGAAAUUGCUGAAAUAGCUCAUUCAUAUGGUGCUUUAGUUAUGGUAGAUAAUAGUAUCAUGUCACCUGUACUGUCCCAACCGUUGGAAUGUGGUGCAGAUAUCGUGAUGCACUCAGCUACUAAAUUUAUUUCUGGUCAUAGUGAUCUAAUGGCUGGCAUUCUUGCUGUAAAGGGUGAUAGAUUGGUCAAAGAGAUUGCCUUCCUCCAAAAUGCUGAAGGCUCGGGAUUAUCACCAUUUGAUUGUUGGCUUUGCUUAAGAGGUAUCAAGACUAUGGCUUUACGUGUCGAGAAACAACAGGCUAAUGCACAAAAGCUUGCUGAGUUCCUAUCAUCCCAUCCACGGGUGACACAAGUGAAUUAUGCUGGACUUCCUGGACAUCCUGGGCGCUCUCUACAUUAUUCUCAAGCAAAAGGUGCUGGCUCAGUGCUGAGUUUUUUGACAGGGUCACUAGCCCUUUCGGAGCAUAUUGUGCAAAGUACAAAGUACUUCAGUGUAACUGUUAGUUUUGGUAGCGUGAAGUCACUUAUAAGCUUGCCUUGCUUCAUGUCACAUGCAAGCAUACCAGCUGCAGUUCGAGAGGUUAGGGGUCUUACGGAUGACCUUGUUCGCAUCUCUGUUGGCAUUGAGGACAUUGAUGAUCUUAUAGCAGAUCUAGAUCAUGCCAUCAGAUCUGGGCCAGCUUAAAGGCUAUGCCCUUGGUAAAUUAAGUGUGGAAGGUGUGUUAUCUUCACGUUGUGUUUGAUAUAACCUUCCAUAAAAUCAAUUUAUUUGAAGUAAUUAAUUGACAGAUGUGUCAAUUUGUCAUUUUGUGCAUUGUCUUUGUAAUUCACUAUCAGUGUUUUGCCUUCAACUGAUUUAUAGUUUGAUGUCGAUAAGGAUGAUGUUGUUUUUGCUUCAAUAUAAUUUGUCACAUAUUUUGAUGUAUUAGAUAGAUAAUUAUGUUUGGGUGUAUUUAAUGACUAAUUCAAAUAUAAA